AUGAUCGUCUUCUUUCUCUUUCUCAUGUCAAUGUGCGUCUUCUGGCUCAUCAGAGACAGAGGUUCCAAGCUCCGGCCACCACUGCCUCCGGGCCCAAAACCAUUGCCAUACAUCGGCAGCAUAAUCACAAUGCUUCGAAACAAGCCCACAUUCCGAUGGAUACAUAGGAUGAUGGAUGAAAUGAACACCAAGAUCAUAUGCAUCCGUCUUGGAAACGUCCAUGUUGUAGCUGUGACUGAUCCGAAGAUUGCUCGUGAGUUCUUGAAGGACAAAGAUGGAAUCUUCUCUUCGAGGCCUAACUGCAUGUCGGGUUUUCUGACAAGCGGUGGUUACUUGACCACCGUUCUUGUUCCAAUGAGUGAUUAUUGGAAGAUGAUGAGGAAAAUCCUGCACACGGAGAUUCUGUCACCGCAUAGGCAUAAGUGGCUUCAAGACAAACGAGACAGAGAAGCUGAUAAUCUGCUAAGGUACAUUUACAGCCGAUGUUAUACCAAUAUUGAGGUCACCGGAGGGAUUGUGAACGUACGGACUGUUGUGCAACAAUACUCGACCAACGUCAUAAGGAAUAUCUUGUUCGGGAGUAGGUAUUUCGGCAAAGGGAACACAGAUGGUGGACCUGGGGAAGAAGAGAUCGAGCAUGUUGAUUCGCUUUUGGCAGUUCUUGGUUACCUGUACGCAUUUAGUGCAUCAGAUUACUUCCCGUGGUUGCGGUGGAUAACUGAUUUUGAUGGCCAUGAGACGAUCAUGAGGAGGGCAAUACGGACCUCAAGAAAGUAUCAAGAUCGUUUGGUUGAUGAAAGGAUUCGAGAAUGGAAAGAUGGAGUUAGAACAAAAGAAGACGACUUGCUUGAUGUUUUCAUCAACAUUAAGAACCCUUCACUAACCGCAGAUCAAAUCAAAGCUCAAAUCUUUGAACUGAUAUUAGCAGCAUUUGAUAAUCCAGCAAAUGGUAUCGAAUGGGCAAUCGCCGAAAUGAUAAACCGUCCAAUGAUCUUCAAUAAAGCGGUGCAAGAGCUAGAUUCCGUGGUUGGAAAAGAUCGACUUGUACAAGAAUCCGACAUACCAAACCUUAACUAUAUCAAAUCAUGUGUGAAAGAGGCUUUUAGGUUGCACCCUGUUGCACCUUUUAACCUCCCUCAUGUGUCAUCCGGCGACACUGUUGUCGCCGGAUACUUUAUACCUAAGGGCAGUCACGUGAUAUUGAGCCGCCUAGGACUAGGGCGGAACCCUGAGGUUUGGGAGGACCCGCUAACAUUCAAUCCGGAUCGUCACAUGAAUGAUGAUAAAGAAGUGAUGCUAACCGACCACAGCCUUAAAAUGUUGUCAUUUAGCACAGGUCGGCGUGGGUGCUGUGGGGUGUUAUUGGGCUCGACCAUGGCCAUAAUGUUGUUGGCUAGGAUGGUGCAUGGGUUCACAUGGGAGUCGCCUCCAGGAGAACCAUACCUUGAUUUAAAUGAAAACUUACAAGAUUUGAUGAAGGCUAAGCCAUUGUUAGCCUUGGCGAAGCCUCGUUUGUCUCACCAUUUAUACCCUAUAUGA